CCGAACUAUAUACAAAAUGGCGCCAUGCAUGAAAACAUUGCCAUGCUGAAACUGUCAGUGUUUUGAAAAUGACAACUUUACGAUACUUUUCGUUCUAACAUACUAACACGAUAAUUUGAGUUAAACAAGAUGGAUACCGAUUUUUUGGGAGCCAUCAGAGACGAAGUUGCCUUGGAAGGAUUGGAUGGUAUAAGCAUCGAGUCCCUCUGGGUGAGGUUGUCCGCGAGACAGAAUUUCUCCAUCAAAUUGACCGACAAGUCCAAGGCAUAUCUAUGGAGGUGCCUGGUCACCCUGCAAGGCCUGGAGUACUAUGAAAUCCCUGAACCUCAACCUCCUCUCGUCGUCUACAAUAGCUUGGAGUCAUUCGACCCAGACUCAGGACGGCUGAUAGAACUUGAACAAGUUCCAGAAGACCCGUAUCCCAUUGACAUUGUAAGUAAGGAUGGUAUAUAUGGAUCAUGCUCAAUGUUUGAAACACGGAAAAAUGUGACAGCUUUGGUGAAAGCAGAUGGAAAAAGACCAGCUGUUACAUUGGAAGAGGCUAGAAACACCUGGGGCGAGAAACUGGUGAUUGUGGCGUCCCAGGAGAUUCGUGAGAAUGCUAUCUGCGGACAUUUGUAUGACCCUUCUCACAACUGGUCCGCUAUGACCCAUGCCUACUGCAUCCUGGAGCGGAUUGGCAGGUCGCGGUACAAUGGCUGUAUGUCUGUGGGUCCGUUCAGUCUCCAGGUGUUCAGUAUGCCUCCCAAGACCAUAUUCUAUCACACGAAAAUUCUGGUGAGGUUAGGACUGGUCAAGAAACAAAGCUUGACAGUGGUGGAUAUGAAGCACAAACAGCAGAUUCGGCGUAUCUUCCACCUGGAGCGGUUUUACAAGGAGAUCCAGUCCAAGUACAGUAUACUAAUACUACAGGCGUGUAACUACCUGGCCUCUCGCCCAAAUCACAGGGAGGUCGCUAGCACGAUACGCGAGCACCUGGAGGUAGAUGCGACCUUGUUUAAGAAGUUGUACUACAGCUACCCGAACUUCUUACGUGCUGACAAACUUCCAUACAGAGACCUGUUUCCAGAAGCUACAGAGGAAGAGUACUUGUGCAAGAAUCGGCUCUCCGAGAAAAUGGUCCAUAGUAUCACCAUGGUUCAGCAUGUGUCUGUAAAGAAGGAAGACAGUGAGGACGAAGGAGAGGACGAGGAGGAGGAUGAAGAUGGUGCAGACGACACUGGAAACGAUCUGUCUGGUAAAGCAAAACUAGGCAAAUAUGAGUGGGUAUAUGAGAGAACUACCCUACAGCAGUGUUACGAUGCGAUCAAAAAUGUGGGCCCGGAGGGUGUGACUCAAACGUCUCUUACAAAGAUACUCAACGUUGGUGACAACAUGGCACGUGUCCUCAUUAAAAACAUGAUCCGCAUGAACAUGGUUGAUCAAAUCCUAAAGGAAAAGGGCAAGCAGAAGGUCAAAUAUUUCAUAGCUAAGGAACAUCGACUCCAGAGUAAGCUGUAUCAAGAAUUUGUGGAAGAAAAAGAAAAACUUUUCCAGAAGGAAGAGCUGUCUUCUGGAAAUGCUGAUCCUCAUUUGGGCUCAGGACCAUCCAUGUCAAAUGAGACACCUCCAGCCAAUGAUACUGAAACUGAAGUAACGAUGGACAUAUCUGUCAGCGGUGAUAUCAAUGAUGGUGUAAAUGGAAUAAAAAAGGAGAAUACAAAGGGCGAGACCACAGUCAUCCGAAGUUGUGAAGACUUACUGGCCGUAGAUGAGGUUAAAGAAGGGGUGAAAAAAACAGUGAAGUUCAAAACCAGGAGGAAUAUGGCAAAAGACAAGAGGUCCGACCUGGAGAGAACGCUGACAAGUCGACAUCUGAAGAGAAUGUCGAUGAUCCUGGAAGCUGUAGAAAAGGAUAAAGUUUUGGAGAAAACCCACACCUUCAUUAAGAUGAUUCGAGAACGAGAAAAAACUGAGGGCCUUGACUGCAUCAUUGACAAGAAAACUUUUGACAAGCUUGCUAUUCUGUUGGUGAAAGAGAAAAAAAUUAGGAUCUUCAAAACUAAUAUCCCAGGGAGCAAUAACGAACAGCUGAGGGAGGUUCAGCUUUUGUGUGCCAAGCAUAUCCAACCAACAGAUGCAUUGAUAAAGAGCAAGCUGGAACAGCUUCACCUGAGGUCGCGCUGUGUACCCAAGGAACGUUUGGUCAAAGCGCCGAAGAAAAGUCCAGCAAAACAACAGAAGUUCACCGACUUGCCUGAGAGUACCCAGGAGAACCUGAGAAAGCUACAGGAGUACAAGAUGAAGAUCAAGUCGUUCGACAUGGUCUAUGAUCCGAUUGCACCUAAACAGUACGGCUACUUACCAAAGAUGCGGAGACUCUGUAUGGCUCACAACAUUUUGUGGUACCUGUGUUACGACUACAGAGGGUGUGUUUUACCCGAAAGCUCCGCACAUAAUCCAUCGGAGUCCACGCCGGGCCGAGAUACGUCCGUUUCCAUGGAAACUCAAUCUGAGGCGAUUGGUACAUGGUCAGAUGAUUUGAAGACAUCCCGGUCAACUGAAAUAUCAAGAAGUGAUGUUGCUAUGGAAACAGAUCAGGCAAAAAGUCAAGGUCAUAUGGGUUCAAACAAGCCUGAUAUGGAGACAGAAGACUCUGAAAAAUCUAUUGAUGUGGAUAUUUUUGAGCAAAUACGGAACUUGAAGGAACCCCCCGUAUUCUGUGAUGAGAUGUCCUGGAGACGUUACCUUCCACCACUACCGAAACAUAAAGAUCAUCCAAAGGGCUGGUGUCUGAUAUCUGAUGUCCUAGUCACGCUUCCUGUCAGCCUCUUCUGUGCCAUGGUACCUGUCAGCUAUAAUCUACAAGGCCUGAAGGAGAUCCUGGACGACCCUGUAAAGUCUCUGUACCCCAUCGUUUACCUCCCGUACCGACUCACACAGCAGUUACUCUUUGCCCGCAAGUACAUCUUCGCCUUCCAUGAGAACUGUGAGCGACUCGCCUAUAUGGGUCUGCUUUCAUUCGGGACCCGACUUCUAAAGGAGAAAGACCAGGUGUUUGUUUACCUGUAUAAGAACGUUUGUCUGAGGGACACAACGCGCUCCCUAGAGGGCUACUGUAAGAUCACCAUGCCCGAUGGAAUUAAGUGUGAUAAACGUACCUACACUCUCCACAGCCAGCUAGAGUUUGACCAUUACUGGACAGAGCUACAGGAGAUCUGCUUCGCCAGUCAUCUCAAUGUCAGGAAGAUGAAAAACACCGCCAGGGAGCUUAAGGAGGACCCGCCAGUAGACUUGUCCCUCCCUGAAUGCCUCAAGCCAGUCAGUCCAGACAAGCUUGUGGACGACCCUGCACACUGUCGUCUCCCCGGCGACCAGCAGGGGGCAGCAGGCAUGGAUUCCUCCUUCUAUACACAUUUGUAUCGUAACUGGGAUUGGAGUAUGAAGACCAUGAAAAGGAACUUUCCCAACUACACUCACAUGGGGCCUCUAGAGCUGAAACCUGAUGGUCUGUGGACCUCCCUCACCAAGUCUUCUCCCAAGUCCACAGACAAGUACCUGAAGGUCACCAAACCAAACCGCCUGCCACGUAUCCUCCCUAAGGAAAGGCUCAUGUUGACUGAUACAGGAACAGGCAAAGGACCAGAGGUGGUCAAGGUGACAACAUCCAAAACCAAGGGCAACAAAGGAGGCAAAGGAGUGAAGCGAAAGAGGAAGAUGUCAGGUGGAGUGUCGAAAAAGAAAACCAAAGUGGAACUGUUGCGUACUCCCAAGUCACCGAGGAAGAAGAGAGUCUUCCGAGAUGAAAUAGACAUAGAGGCAGAGAAGGUCAGGACAGGUCAGCGAGUGUCCUGGUCUGCCAAGGAGGACAGCAUUCUGCUGACCUGUAAAAUCGCCUGCUCCAUCCUGGCCCUGAACUCCCAGGGAGACAACCGCUCUAUUCCUGUGCCCUACUUUGAGCUGAGAAAUGUACUCCAUAAAUACUGCAAAGAGAAAUCCAAGGAUAAAACCACAGAAGCCUGUAAAAGACGGAUCAGCUUCAUUUUGAAAAAUCCCAGAACAGAACACAACCUGUCUGUGUUUCUGUCCGAGGCACUUCAAGACCAGAAAAUUGACAAGGAAUACGCCCGUAAGAAGGUGAUGUGGAUGUCAGAGGAUACCAUCAAGGAUUUCAGGAACCUGUUCGAGUUACUGAUCAAGAAAUUCUCGACUGUUGAUUUGAAGCAGAGUCACCUCCCUUCCCACCUGUCGGAGCUACCAGAGUUCAAUGUUAAGAUGGUGAAGAAAAUCAAUCUGCAUGCGAUCACACACAGGGAUGUCCAGUCCACCGCCGACAUGUACAUUGCCGUCCUCAGAAAUAUCAUACAGACCUAUGCUGCACUGGAGGACAAACAGGGUCGUGUGUACGAGUGUUUGAAGUUGUUGAACCAGUACCCACGUGACUGUAUCAUCACAGCUACGACACAACUCAGGAGCAACAGAGUUAUCACACGAAUCAAAGCGCAUGAACGGAAAAAGCAGCGUAUCCCCUCAUCCCUGCAGAACUACAAAAUCUCCCAGAAGUACUGGUAUGGCUACAUCUCGCGGUUCCCCUCGUCUUUGUUUGAGGACAGCGUCGAGAGUCUGCACCUGUUUGAAAAUACAUUUAAGGAUCCCUCCCAGCCCUUGACCUUCAACAACAUCACACAGGGCGGCUACUGUGCUUGCAUCAUUUCCUUAAUGUCACUUGGCAUCAUUUCUUUUCACAGUCAAAUCCCCAAUGACAUGAUCAUACUCGAUCCAUGUAAUGAGCAGUCCUGGCGAGGCUUGAGUGAUCCCAGGAUUGACCCCAACAAAGGAACUGCAAGCAAACAGUCUGGGGCUCAGGAGUCAACGGCAUGUAUCGGAGAGUCGGCUGGAGUCACACAAGGUCCAGUCCCCAUGGAAACAGAUGCAACAGAUGAAGCAGUGAAAGUACCUGAAGUGUCAGCAGCAUCAAAUAGUGACACGUCCAACAUCACCUCGACCUCAAAACCGGGACAUAAGUCAUCAUCAGACGCUGACAAUCAAAUGGCCACAGUGGGAUUGCAUGAACCCUACUGGGUGACUGAUGAGCUGGUCAAGGUUGUGGUCAGUCCAACAAGCUGUUUUGAGAUGGAGGACCUUCCACAACAGCUCAGCUUUCCAGGAUUGGCGGGGAAGACCCAACCGACGCCAUCAAGGUCGUUGAUCACGAUACGAAGGUCGUGUGCAGAGGAUGCACAGAAUUUGAAGCAUUUUAAGUUUCAGGACAAUUUUGUGAUUUCAAGUUGUAACAUCAGAAUGAAAAUCAAAGCAGAAGAUGAAGAAUCAAAGGGAGACAAUCAAGGGCAGAGAACUGUGGCAGAAAUUGUGAAGGACGUCCUGUUUAGUCCUGAGGAAAUGAAGCGAAUCUUGCAUAAAAUUACCAGAACCUUACCUUUUGAGCUUGAUAUGGAGCUGGUGUGGGAGAGUAUAACUCCGCCCCUCUUGGCUCCGUGCCAGCAACUGUAUAAUGCGAUUGACAGCCAUGGGGGCCUCGGGAUAUCGAAAUUUGAUUUGCAGGACUUGUUUGUGACAGAGGAUUGGUACUGUCAGUGCCUUGACCUGCUGGACGAGAAGUUCGCGGUGAGUACCGCUGCAUGUCCUUUCCUGUUUGUAGAAGUUCUAGCUUGUCUUAUCUGCUCAACAGUAAUUCUCUAUUGACAUAUUUUUCCUUUCAGAUUUUUGUGUCUUACAUGAUAUUGAAAUGAAGAUGUUUUGUAGGAUGAUGUAUUAAAUGAUCGUGUGUCCGUUGACAGAAAUGCACAAUUUUACGUCGCAGAACAAGAAUUGGUUGGUCUCUAGGAAACACUGGUUGUAAAGUUUUUGAUUAUCAUUUAGGUUUACUUUUAUUUCAGAGAAGUUCUUCUUAAUGAAAAAUUUAAUGAAUACCAAAUGUUGGAUUUUAAAAGCAUUUCAUUUUCAGAAGGAAAUUCAUUUCACUCGGUUGACUGGUACGAAAGUUUCUGAAACUAUCAAAAUGAAUUUAAUGUUUGAGGGCAUUUUGAGGAGGACAAAAUAUAGCAAACAAACUACUAGACUAUAAUCCCUAUCAGAAUU